AUGAAGAAUCAAUUAUAGAAUUUGAUAAAGCUAUUGAAUUAAAUCAUAAUUAUUCUUAAUACUAUUGCAAUAAAGGUUGAAAUCCAUAAAUAAUUUAAUUAGGAUAAGCAUUAUACAAUUUAAAGAAAUAUGAAGAAUCAAUUAAAGAAUAUGAUAAAGCAAUUGAAUUAAAACCAAGCUAUGAUGUUUACUAUAACCGUAAAGGAUAAGCAUUAUACUAUUUAAAGAAAUAUGAAGAAUCAAUUAUAGAAUUUGAUAAAGCAAUUAAAUUAAAUCAAAAUUAUUCCUUAAUACUAUUGCAAUAAAGGAAAUGCUUUAUGCAAUUUAAAGAAAUAUGAAGAAUCAAUUAUAGAAUAUGAUAAAGCAAUUGAAUUAAAUCCAAAUUAUGAUGAUUACUAUAAUAGUAAAGGAUUAGCAUUAUAAGAGUUAUAUAAAUAUGAAGAAUCAAUUAUAGAAUUUGAUAAAGCAAUUAAAUUAAAUCCAAAUUAUGAUGAUUACUAUAAUAGUAAAGGAUAAGCAUUAUAAAAUUUAAAGAAAUAUGAAGAAUCAAUUAUAGAAUUUGAUAAAGCAAUUGAAUUAAAUCCAAAUUAUGAUGAUUACUAUAAUAGUAAAGGAAAUGCUUUAUGCAAUUAAAAGAAAUAUGAAGAAUCAAUUAUAGAAUAUGAUAAAGCAAUUGAAUUAAAUCCAAAUUAUGCUGAAUACUAUAAUAGUAAAGGAUAUGCCUUAUACAAUUUAAAAAAAUAUGAAGAAUCAAUUAUAGAAUAUGAUAAAGCAAUUGAAUUAAAUCCAAAUGAUGAUGAUUACUAUAAUAUUAAAGGAAAUGCUUUAUGCAAUUUAAAGAAAUAUGAAGAAUCAAUUAUAGAAUAUGAUAAAGCAAUUGAAUUAAAUCCAAAUUAUGAUGAUUACUAUAAUAGUAAAGGAUUAGCAUUAUAAGAGUUUUAUAAAUAUGAAGAAUCAAUUAUAGAAUUUGAUAAAGCUAUUGAAUUAAAUCAAAAUUAUUCUUAAUACUAUUGCAAUAAAGGAUAAGCAUUAUGCAAUUUAAAGAAAUAUGAAGAAUCAAUUAUAGAAUAUGAUAAAGCAAUUGAAUUAAAUCCAAAUUAUGAUGAUUACUAUAAUAGUAAAGGAUUAGCAUUAUAAGAGUUUUAUAAAUAUGAAGAAUCAAUUAUAGAAUUUGAUAAAGCUAUUGAAUUAAAUCAAAAUUAUUCUUAAUACUAUUGCAAUAAAGGAUAAGCCUUAUUCAAUUUAAAGAAAUAUGAAGAAUCAAUUAUAGAAUUUGAUAAAGCAAUUAAAUUAAAUCCAAAUGAUGCUGACUCCCAUUUUAAUAAAGGUGUUAACAAUGAAGUAUUUAAAUAGGACAAGCCUUAUACAUGA